UGAUCAAUGAGACCUCCGCAAUUGAUAUACUCUCUUUUACCUAUAAAUAACUAACGAGUUAAAAUAAAAUGCACAUUGAACAAAUUCCUAACGAAAUCCUUAUGAAUGUUUGCUCCAAUCUUAAUAAUAAAGAAAAGUAUCAUUUCGCGAAAACAUCAAAAACCUUAUUUGAAAAGGUUAAGCAUUUUCUGUAAGAUAUUGUAUUCAAUGUUAAUUCAGAAAACUCACUUGGUGGCUUUUUCAGAUACACAGUUCAACGUGCAAAGAUCGAUGUAGACUUUGAUAACUUCAAUUAUGCUGAUGUAUGCAAUCAAUUAGAUAACUUGUUUUACCUUAAGGAAGUGAAAUUGAGUCUAAAGCACAACUUAAACAAGAAAACGGCGAUGACACUAAUUAAAGUUAUUCCUAUGAAAGGCAAUUAUAUGACAAUUACUGUUGAUGAUAUCAGCGCAUCAAAACUUUUGACUAAUGCGAAGGAUGCACUUUCUCGUUGGGAUCUGUCUAUAAAAUGCAGUUUAAAAGUUAUUUCGUUCGGUGAACGUAGAACACCAUCCCCCAUACGCAAUAUAAUUGACAAUGCAAAGAAGUUAAAAGCUUUAAUCACUGAAUCUGACGAUUUGGAGGAAAAUAAGAUAAAUGAUUUUCCGCAAGCAUUAAAAGACAUAGUCGACAAAUAUAAUUACCAGCCAGUACAAAAGACUCAAAGGAUCGACAUACCGCAUAUUAAGAACAAAGAAGAUGUUGAUCUAUUGCUAAAUAGUUUGAUUGCACCGACACUUUUGGAGGCUGUUUUGAUAUUCAAAAAGAAUUGGGUCUUUGUGACCCAGUUUGAGACGUAUUAUAGGAACAAUAAAAGUAUCGACUCCUCAGCAAUUGACACACUAUACCAAUCGUAUCAUGAGCAGCCCAAGGCUCUGAUCAGGCAGAAGGAAGAAAGAGGUCGACAAUGGAUAGAAGUGUUAUGAUUGUAGUCGUAUUUACAACUAAGCUAAUAGAAAU